UCUUGACUUGUGAACAUUUUUCUUUGGUCUCUCAGGAAGAGGGGAAGAUGACUUGGACAGUUGCUGAUGCGAUGGAUUACAAGGGUCUCCCAGCUCAAAGGUCCAAAACUGGUGGUUGGGUGCCAGCAGCUCUUAUUCUAGGGAUCGAAAUAUGCGAGAGGCUUUCCACAAUGGGAAUAGCAGUAAACCUCAUGACCUACUUGGGUGGAACCAUGCAUCUGCCUAGUGCUGCUUCAGCCAAUAUAGUAACGGAUUUUAUGGGCACAUCUUUCCUCCUAUGUUUGCUUGGCGGAUUUCUGGCAGACACUUUCCUCGGUAGAUACAAUACAAUUGCAAUCUUUGCCAUGAUACAAACACUGGGUACUGGUGCAUUAGCAAUCUCAACAAAGUUGCCUCAGCUACGCCCACCACCUUGUCAUAGUACUAGUGGCAUUGACAAUUGCAAAAGGGCCAAUGGAUUCCAAAUGGGAAUUCUUUACAUGGCUUUGUACCUCAUUGCAUUAGGGACCGGUGGCCUGAAAUCGAGUGUUUCAGGAUUUGGAACUGAUCAAUUUGAUGACAGAGACGAAAAGGAAAAAUCCCAGAUGGUCUAUUUCUUCAACAGGUUCUUCUUCUUCAUCAGCACAGGGACUUUGAUGGCCGUCACAGUGCUAGUCUACAUACAAGAUAAAGUGGGUCGAAGCUGCGCAUAUGCAAUUUGUUCUGUCUCAAUGUUUAUAGCCAUUAUGGUAUUCUUAUCCGGGACUAAAAGGUAUAGGUACAAGAAAAGCUUGGGAAGCCCAAUUGUCCACGUUUUCCAAGUUAUAGUAGCUGCAACAAGCAAGAGGAAGAUGGAUAUUCCAUAUAAUGUUGCUUCAUUGUAUGAAAAUUCACAUGAAGCUUCAAUAAUCCAUCACACGGAUCAGUUUCGUUUCUUGGACAAGGCCGCCAUUGUUUCAGAUGGAGAUUUUGAGGGGGGUUCUAUUCCAAAUCCAUGGAAGCUAUGCUCAGUGACGAUGGUGGAGGAAGUGAAAAUGAUGGCCAGACUACUGCCAAUAUGGGCCACAACCAUCGUUUUUUGGACGGUAUAUGCACAAAUGAUCACCUUCUCGGUUGAGCAAGCAUCCACCAUGGAUAGAUCAAUCGGAAAUUUCCAAAUCCCGGCUGGAUCUCUCACCGUCUUCUUCGUAGCAGCCAUAUUGAUUACAUUAGCUGUUUAUGAUCGUCUCAUCAUGCCUCUUUGGAAAAAAUGGAAAGGAAAACCAGGUUUCACCAACUUACAGAGAAUUGCCAUAGGCCUCAUCCUCUCAGUAAUAGGAAUGUCAGCUGCAAUAUUAGCGGAGAGGAAACGGCUGUCAGUGGCAAGAGCCACCAGUAGCACCACCGCGACACUGCCCAUAAGCGUCUUCUUGUUGAUCCCUCAAUUCUUCUUGGUGGGUUCUGGGGAAGCCUUCAUAUACACUGGCCAGCUUGAUUUCUUCAUAACCCAAUCACCUAAGGGAAUGAAAACUAUGAGCACCGGUCUCUUCCUCACAACUCUAUCACUCGGUUUCUUCGUCAGCAGCUUCUUGGUCUCGAUUGUCAAGAAGGUGACCGGUAGCAAUGGUAGACAAGGAUGGUUAGCGGACAAUAUAAACCACAGCAGGCUUGAUUGUUUCUAUGGACUUCUAGCCAUAUUGAGCCUUAUCAACUUUGUGAUAUAUCUUUUUUGUGCAACACUAAGGUACAAGCCACCAAAAACUAAACCAUCUUUGCAGAUGGAGACUAUAAUUAAUGGGCACAUUGCAGAGGACAAGUGUUAGUGAUUGGUUAAGUUUCAAGCUACAUGCAUGUGUUACUGUGUUUCCUUUUAAUUUGUUGUCAACUAAUGUACAGUAAAAUAGGUUUGGCUUGUAUGUCUUUUUUUUUCUUCAUGAAUAGAGUGGAUUGAGUUUAAUAGGUACUAUUAAAAUUAUUCUAAAGAA